AUGGCUCAGCUUGUUGACAUGACAGUGCAUAACGUGGUGCUGAUUCUCCUGCUGCUAGUAGCUUUUUCAUACCCCAGUACGGUCCAUGGCGAAGCUUCUUCCGUCCUCGGGCGGAAGGCCGGCAUUGUCGACGACGAUCCUGCCGUGGCGGCGAACGUGCCGGCUGGUGGGCUGCGGCGGUGGCCGUAUAGGUACGCCGUCAUCUUCGACGCCGGCAGUACCGGAAGCCGUGUGCACGUCUUCAAGUUCCACAUGUCGAGUCUGAAACUUCUUCCGUUUAGUCACGGGGAGAUCCAAAUCUUCGACAGCGUGAAGCCCGGGCUGAGCUCGUACGCUGGACGACCCCAGGAUGCUGCAAACUCCUUGCUGCCUCUUCUUGAGAAGGCCACUAAGAGCAUUGUCCCUUCCUGGCUUACGAUAAGAACCCCUAUUAAGCUUGGAGCAACCGCUGGACUGAGACUUAUCGGAGAUCAAAGAGCAGAGGAAAUUCUUCAAGCGGUCAGGGAUCUUGUCCGAACAAAGAGCGAAUUUCGGUACAACCCCAAAUGGAUCAAUGUUCUCUCGGGAACUCAAGAAGGAUCUUACCUAUGGGUUGCUCUGAACUAUCUGCUGGACAGACUAGGAGGAGACUACUCCCAGACAGUAGGUGUGAUUGACUUGGGAGGUGGAUCAGUGCAAAUGGCCUACGCCAUCUCUGCAAAUGCCGCUGCAAACGCCCCAUCAGUACCUGCAGGAAAGGCUCCCUACGUUACAAAAGAGUAUCUCAAUCGGAAAGAUUACAAUGUUUAUGUUCACAGUUACCUGCGCUACGGUGCUGUUGCAUCACGCCUAGAGAUUCUGAAGGCGAAGAACGGGCCAUUCAGUUUCUGCAUCCUCCGUGGGUUUAGUGGUAAGUACAGCUACCAUGGUGAGGAAUAUGAUGCAACUGCGGCGCCAGAAGGCGCAGUAUAUGACAGGUGUAGGCAAGAGAUUGCCAAGGCGCUGAAGCUUAACGCACCGUGCAAGACGAAGAACUGCACAUUUGACGGCGUGUGGAACGGGGGAGGCGGAGCAGGGCAGGACACCAUCUACGCCGCGUCGGCCUUCUACUACCUUGCCGCAAAUGUUGGGUUCAUAGAUAGCAAAGCUCCCAGUGCCGAGGUCACUCCUGCCAUGUUCAAAGCUGCUGCAUGCAAGGCUUGCCGGUUGAGCGUCAAGGAAGCAGCAGUUGAAUACCCGAAUGUUCGCAGCGACGAUGUGCCUUACACAUGCAUGGAUCUUACAUACCAGUACACUUUGCUUGUUAAUGGAUUCGGAGUGCAUCCAAUGAAGAGGAUCACAUUGGUGUCCAAGGUGAAGCGUGGCCAGUACUUCAUUGGAGCCACAUGGCCUUUGGGUAGUGCUAUUGAGGCCAUCUCACCCAAAAAGCAUGUCCAAGACCAGUAG